ACUACAACGCCGAUAAUGCAGCCGGUGUCACGUGACUGUGUGUGUGGGUUAAAAUCCUUUCGCAGCGCGAGCUGACUGUUCUCUGUCUCAGCCAUGACUUCUGUGUCAGACCCCAGCUCGUUCUCUUCUAUCUCCAAGUGCUCUACCAAGCACUUAAAUCUUAUUUACCAUGUUGACUUUGACAGGCAUGUGCUCAAAGGCAAAGUCGCCCUGACUGUGGAAGUUCUGGAGGAUAAAUUCUCUUCUCUGACUCUGGAUUCAAAUGACCUGAAGAUCUUUAAGGUUUCUGCAAAUGGCCAGGCUGCACAGUUUGCAUUGGGGGCUAAACAUAAAUUUAAAGGAUCCCCUUUGGAGAUCACCCUGCCUUUUGAACUGUCCCGUGGGCAGCACGUGAUUGUGGAGAUUGAAUAUGAGACGUCUCCUAGUGCCAGAGCUCUGCAGUGGCUGACCCCCAAACAGACUGCUGGGAAGAAACAUCCAUACAUUUUCAGCCAGUGCCAGGCCACUCACUGUAGGACCAUGGUGCCUUGUCAGGACACUCCAUCAGUGAAGCACACUUACUAUGCCCAGGUGUCUGUCCCCAAAGAGCUGGUGGCUUUGAUGAGUGCAUUGCGUGAUGGUCAGGAGCCGGAUCCAAGCGACAGCAGCCGAGUCAUCUAUCGCUUCAGACAGCCGGUCCCUAUGCCAUCUUACCUCAUUGCCCUUGUAGUUGGUGCUUUGGAAAGCAGGGAAAUCGGUCCCCGGUCCAGAGUUUGGUCUGAGAAGGAAUAUGUGAAUGAGGCAACGUUUGAGUUUUCAGAGACUGAGACCAUGUUGAAGACGGCUGAGAGUCUGGCAGGGCCGUAUGUGUGGGGCCAGUAUGAUGUCCUGGUGCUGCCUCCAUCUUUUCCAUAUGGGGGCAUGGAGAAUCCCUGCCUCACAUUUGUCACCCCCACUGUACUGGCUGGAGACAGGUCCCUCGCUGGAGUCAUUGCUCAUGAGAUUUCCCACAGCUGGACUGGGAACCUGGUGACCAAUAAGACCUGGGAGCAUUUCUGGUUGAAUGAGGGUCAUACAGUGUAUAUUGAGAGAAUGAUUGCCAGGUGUAUGGAGAGUGAACAGCUCAGGCAGUUUAAAGGCAUCGGAGGAUGGAAAGAACUUCAAGAGUCUGUGAAACAGUUUGGGGCGACUAAUGUCCUCACAAACCUGGUCCCAAAUCUGCAUGAGGUGGACACGGAUGAAGCCUUCUCCUCUGUGCCCUAUGAGAAAGGAUUCGCUCUGCUUUAUCAUCUGGAGGAACUGUUGGGAGGUCCAGAGAUCUUCAUGGGAUUCGUAAAGUCCUACAUUCAGCUGUUUGCCUAUGGCAGUGUAACUACAGAGGAAUGGAAGAACUAUCUGUUCACUUACUUCAAAGACAAGGUGGACAUCUUGAAUAAAGUGGACUGGAAUGCAUGGAUGCACACUCCAGGAAUGCCUCCCGUCAAACCACAGUAUGACACCACUAUGGCCGAUGCCUGCACUGCUCUGUGCCAGAAAUGGGUGAAGGCAAAAGAAGAGGAUCUUACGAGUUUCACUGAGGCAGAUGUGAAACAAUUAAACUCUCCUCAGCUCAUUGAGUUUGUGGCUUUGUUGCUCCAAGAGGAGCCCCUUCCUCUGUCCCAUGUGAAGAAGAUGCAGGAGGUCUACCAGUUGAACAGUGUUAAAAAUGCAGAGGUUCGCUUCAGGUGGUUGCGUGUCUGUGUGAGGGCACAUUGGGAGGAAGCCGUUCCCCUGGCACUGAAGAUGGCUACCGAACAGGGCAGAAUGAAAUUCACUCGCCCGCUCUUUAAGGAAGUUUACAACUUCUCCAAGUACAGCGACGAGGCAGUGAAGACUUUUAAGGAGCACCGUGGAGCACUGCACCCUGUCACAGCGAUGCUGGUGGCCAAAGAUCUGAAAAUUGAUGGCUAAAAUGCUGCUUUCUGACCUCCUUAUGUGCAGGCAGUAUUUCUGUGCUUCAGCUUAGUGCUUGGAUGCAAGCCUGCAUCUCACAACUUUAGCAAAUGAAUUAAUGUGCAGAAUGUUUCUCUCUUCAUUGGCCAUGUCUUGAUGGAGGUUUCAGUCUCAGGGCUUAGAACAAAAACACUUGUUUCAGUAUCAUGCAGUUUAGUGUUAAAAAAAUUAGCAUAUCUUGGUAUGAAGGAUCCACUAUAUCCCUUCAUAUGAUAAUUCAAAAGCAAUGUUCUGUAAUAAACUUGUGUACAAGAAAUUUUUACUCUUUUGUCCAAUAAAUAUACAGAAUAAGGUGCAUGGCAUGGCACAUAAAUGUAUGUAUUUCAUAUGUACAUAUGCUCAACAUGCGUAUGUUUUUCUUUUGAAACUGUCUUUUAGGUUGCACAUUUCUUAGUUUUUGGACAAUUCUUCAGGGGAUUCUUGGUUUAUUUUGUGUCUUUUAAGGAAUCCUUGGUGGAACAAAUGAUAAACAGAAGAUGCUGACAUCAAAUGUGUAUUCUGAAAUGAUUUAGUCCAACAAUCCUAAAGACCUUGUGCAAAGUUUCAGGUGCAGAUAACUAAAGUUGGCUGCAUCCAAAAUCGCAUAUUUCCCUAGGCAAAAAAAAAAGUAUGUGACAAAAGAAGUAUGUCCAAAUUCACAGUACUCAUAAAAGAGUAGGCAAAAAGUACACGGAUGACCUACUUCUUCUGGCGAGAUUCUGAAGUAUGUAUACAAUGGACACUUUACUAUCCCACGAGGACACGGGAGAGGAUUUGUGAAUGGCGGUGAAGCAACGCAACUGACACUGGCGGCGUAAGCGUGUUUCACUGUCAGCGCGACACCUUUGGGUCCUUGACAACAAUGACGCUUGACGACAGUCGCUACAACACGUGCAGAUGGCAGCUAUCACACAACUGCACAUAUUCCAGCAAAUAAACCGACACACAGUGCGAUAAAAUGCGGGAAUCGAGUGUCAUUUAACUCCCUGAAUAAGGGAUGUUUGGACACCCAGUCAUCAGAAGCAGAGCUGUAGGAAGUGUGGACAGACAUUGCCUGUAAUGAUGGACUUCUGCUGCUGGACAGGCAGAAAAGCAUAACCGCUGCUGGACAUCGUACCGGGGCUGUAAUGAUGGACAUCUGCUCAUGCACAGGCAAAAGCAUAACCGCUGCUGGGCAUCAUCCCGGGAUUAAGGGGGGGACCCGACUCACCCCCGCCCCUUCAUGCACACACCAUUCACUCAUAUUGUGGAGAUGUAUGAAAAAUAAGAGAUGUGUUUGGAGCGUUACACCCAGAGACGUGUGGACAGACAUUCGCUGUAAUGAUGGACAUCUGCUCAUGGAUGGGCAAAAGCAUAACCCCUGCUGGACAUCGUGCUGGAGCUUAGGGGAGACCCCAUGAUCCCCUGCACCUUCUCACUCACACCACACCUUCAUAUCGCUGAGAUCUGGCUGGGAUCAAACCAGCAACCUCUGAACCCGUGAGGCAGCGCUCUUAACCUGUGAGCCACAGAUCUCUUGUCUGAACAUGUGCAGGAACUUAUAUUUCACUGUUAUCCUGACCUGUGAUUUACAAUAAACUAGUUAAAGCUUUCAGAUGUGUGACUGUCAUGAUUGAGGGGGGAUUUGAACCCAAGCCUCCAUCGCAGUCUCACCACCAGAGAACAUGUGUUUAGCCACUUGUGCCACUGUGACUUUCGCACUGAGUUCUGGCAUUUGGGCUGUUUUCUUAGAUAUAAUGCCAACAAUGUAAUAUAGGCAAUAGUGGGACUUGAACCCAUGCCUCUAUCAUAGUCUCGUCACGUGAAAUCACGUGUUUAGCCACUCGCGCCACUGUGACUUUCGUGUUGAAGUUAGGACUUUGGGCCACUUUGUUGGAUAUAAUACCAACAAUGUAAAGUAGGCAAUAGUGGGAUUUGAGCCCAAGCCUCCAUCACAGUCUCAUCACCAGAGAAUGUGUUUAACCGCUCACACCACUGUGACUUUCACACUGAGCUUUGGUGUUUGGGCCCUUUGUUAGAUAUAAUGCCAAAAAUGUAACAGGCAAUAAUAGGAUUUGAACUUGGAUCGCCACGAUUAAAGCACAACGUUUUAUCACCUGAGCCAGGUAGGUUUUUAAGGGACAUUUAUAUUUUAAAUUAAGCUACAACAUUAAUUAUUAUACCAACUUGGUGGGAUUUGAACACAGGACACCUUGUUUAAAUCACAAGCCUCUGUCUAAAGACACUGAGCUUUAUGUGUUCAGUUUGUAUUUGGAAACUGUCUUGGGCCACUUUGUUGGAUAUAAUGCCAACAACUUCACAUAAGUAACAGAAAAUUACCAAAGACCAAAUUUACACACAAUCAGAAGAACUUUAUUCAUUCUUUACAUGUCAAACUCAAACUGAAAACACACACAUGACUAGUAAACAGCAUUUGUUUAUUCAAGUAAAUAGAUUUUAUAUGAAUUAGAAACACAGAGAUCAACACACCUGCCUGGAAGUUUCUAGUAAAGCUGAAGACCUUGAUUAGCUGCUUCAGGUGUUUUUAAUGAGGUUGAAGCUAAACUCAGGAAAGUGGCUCAACAGGAGCAGGAUUAGACAGACAGCCCUGCUUUAUUUCUGUCCUCCGACUGCUGUUUUCAUAUAUUAAUGCAGAUACACUUAUCGUCCACAAGGGGGAGACACACUGAUCUCAGAGGACUCUAGAUUCACCUCCUCCUCAUCAGAGACACAGAAGAUCCCCUCACUGAGUCUGUUGGUGGAAACCUGUAAUAAAAUAAUAUAAUAUAUAAAUAAAUAAUAAUAAAAUAAAUAAACCAGAAUAUUUAGCAUAGCCUGAUGGCUAUAUUUUUCUUUCAGUAAAUUAGAUUUAAUAAGUACAUGAUACAUACUAUAUAGUUUUAUGUUCAUGCAGAUACACUUAUUGUCCACAAGACGGCGCUGAAACACUGAUCUGAAACUUUGAAAUGCGUGUUCGUUAUAUUAAUGAGUAAAAAACUGUUUUUAAACAUUAAAUCUUUAGUCGUUAUAUCAUUUGUUAAACUGUGAACAAACGGUGAUAAAUAUAACUUAAAACAGAUAAAAACAAAUACACUUGACACAAACAAAGUAAAAGAAUCUCGGAUCUUUCGUCACGUGUGUUGUGUUUACGCUUGAGACCUGUGACUUUCAGCAGAUCAUUUUAUCUGUCUUACCCCAUCAGAUGAGAGCUGAUCUGACACAGAUCCUGACAAAGCAUAGAUUAGUUUUCAAAUAUGUGAAAAUUAAAUCUCAGAACUCUCAACCAGGCCACAAAUUCACUUACCCAGAACACUAGCUUGGCACAACAGUACUGAAAGCAGAAAGACAGAAACUGAAGCGCAGUUUACCAUCCGCUCCACUAGGCGGCGUAAGCGUGUUUCACUGUCAGCGCGACACCUUUGGGUCCUUGACAACAAUGACGCUUGACGACAGUCGCUACAACACGUGCAGAUGACAGCUAUCACACAACUGCACAUAUUCCAGCAAAUAAACCGACACACAGUGCGAUAAAAUGCGGGAAUCGAGUGUCAUUUAACUCCCCGAAUAAGGGAUGUUUGGACACCCAGUCAUCAGAAGCAGAGCUGUAGGAAGUGUGGACAGACAUUGCCUGUAAUGAUGGACUUCUGCUGCUGGACAGGCAGAAAAGCAUAACCGCUGCUGGACAUCAUACCGGGGCUGUAAUGAUGGACAUCUGCUCAUGCACAGAAUAAGAGAUGUGUUUGGAGCGUUACACCCAGAGACGUGUGGACAGACAUUCGCUGUAAUGAUGGACAUCUGCUCAUGGAUGGGCAAAAGCAUAACCCCUGCUGGAGCUUAGGGGAGACCCCAUGAUCCCCUGCACCUUCUCACUCACACCACACCUUCAUAUCGCUGAGAUCUGGCUGGGAUCAAACCAGCAACCUCUGAACCCGUGAGGCAGCGCUCUUAACCUGUGAGCCACAGAUCUCUUGUCUGAAUAUGUGCAGGAACUUAUAUUUCACUGUUAUCCUGACCUGUGAUUUACAAUAAACUAGUUAAAGCUUU